AUGGCGAUCCUGCAGGAUGAUGUCAUUAAGCAGAAUGCCACGAUGCCACGCUGCAGGCCAGUGACGUCAAUGGUGGUCUAUGAGACAGAAGUGGGUACCCAGAUGCCCAGCCAGGGCUGGGAACUGAAGGUGAAGAUGGUGAGUGGGGAGAUCAUGGUGCCCAUGACAGACUCUAUGCAACUAUCAAAUUUGAAGAAGCUGCUUGCACAGAAGCUAGAAGUCUUUCCCUUCCAACUGCGACUGGCCCACCUGGACGGCCAAGCACUGCAGAAUGAUGUGCCCCUUACCAGGCAGGGCCUGGGUCCCAGCAGUGCAGUCUCGCUGAUAGUGACAAAUUGUGAGCCCGUGACCAUCCUGGUGCACAACAAGGGCCGAAGCAGGCCCUACACAGUGAAGCUGACCGACGCCGUGGCCAAGCUUAAGCAGCAAGUGUGCCAGCAGGAGAAGGUGGAAGUUAACCUCUUCUGGCUGGCCUUCGAGGGGAGGCCCAUGGAGGACCAUCGGAUGCUGGGGGAUUAUGACCUCACUCCCCAGUGCACUGUGUUCAUGAAUUUUCGGCUUCGGGGUGGCAGCAUAGGCCUCCAGGGGCUCUGA